AUGGAAGGUAAAGAAGCUCAAGUGGAGGGGUUGAAAGAUAACACAUUUUUGGUUGAGUUUGAAUUCAAUAUGGUCACUCAAGUUAAGAAAGAGGAGGAUGAGAUGGAUGCAGAAGAGGAGAACAAUGAUGCUGGUUUUCAAUAUCAUACACCUACCAAGGGAAAAAGAUGCAUAAGUGAAUUGGAGAGAGCUACGAACGUGACAGAUAGGGAAGCUAGUCCCAAUAAAGGGAAUGUUGGUGCGGGGAAAAAUGAUGCUAGGGCAAAGAAAAUGGGCGUUAGUGAAGAAGAAAAUGAUGCUAGUGCAGAAAAAGUGGGUGUUAGUGAAGAGAAAAAAGAUGCCAGUGUGAAAAAGAGGGAUGUUCCUGAUUAUUUUGGACUAAAGCUUUUCAACUCAGGACGUUUUACUCAACCUAAAAAUCCUUAUUUCGUGACCAAAAUCAGGCCAAAAAGGCGCGAUGAUCUGUAUAUACCGAUUGAACUCGCUCGGGAUUACAAUAUUAAAUUGCCUGCAAAAGUGAUAUUGUGUGAUGAGAGAGAUCAAAAAUGGGACGCAUAUAUAAAGACGUGGGGUGAUGGACGAACAUGGUUGUCUGGAGGAUGGCGAAAAUUGUGUAAAUGGAACCUUGUUCAAGAAAAUGACAGGUGUAUCUGUGAGUUUGUCCCAUCAUUGGGGCCAGAAUUGGUCUUGAAGGUCACAAUUAUUCGAAGAAAGGACUUGGAAGAAGCACAACCAAAUUAA